GAUCAGACUUAAUUUACAUAAUUUACAACGAGAAGUACUCACUCUUUUUAAUUUGAGAAAUUGCACUGCACACACAAGGAAUAUGUGCAUAUUAGCUAUAUACCCUAUUUUGUCGUCUUGUAUAAUUAACGUUUGAGUCUUUUACCAUGUUACUCCUAUAAUUAACGUUUGAGUCUUUUACCAUGUUACUCCUAACGUACACUUUGGUUUUAACGGAAUCAACUUCCUUUUUUUUGCGUAUCUUUCCUUUUCAUUAUACAAUGCUACACGCAAUAUAACUUGUGUCAGACAAGUUGUUAUUAAUCUCAUUUUAUAUAAUAAAUUAGAAAUUCCUCUGUAACGUCGCGACCGAUGCAAGUGAGAGAAACAUUUCCAUUUUCUAUUUAUAAGCUACUGUUCUGUUCUUACACUGGAUUACAAAUCAGACAGUUAUCAUAUCUUUUACUCAAAAUUCUCCUCUUCCUGUUCUAAUCGCAGAAAUGGACACAAAUCAUGGCGAUCCGCCUCCACUCUCCUUCCCGGACAGAAUGUUUGCGAUGGGCGAUGAACCUCUAGGCAUUAGGGUAACACCCUAUCACAAACCCUCUUGCAUUUCUAAGAUUCUAAACGCCCUAGACGAAGAAGAGUUACGGUUUGUUAGAGAAUCUUCAUUCGGUAAACUCGUAGAAAUCGCUGAGAAACCUGCCUUUUCCGGCCGUCUUGGGCGCUUAUUGUUUUCUCGUCUACUGAAGAUCCGGAAGAAGCACAAAGCGUGGUUUCUUUUUGCCGGGAAACCAAUUAGAUUUUCAAUCAGAGAAUUCGCACUAGUCACCGGCCUCAAUUACCGUAGAUACCCACCGCACAGCAAGAAGAGGAGCAAGAAGAUCUUAUCGGAGAAGCCGUACUGGGGGGAGCUUUUUGGGGCCAUGACUGAAGUAACGGUCUCCUCUGUUGUAACAAUGUUGAAAAAGAAGACGGUGAUCGACAGAGGAAUGAGGAUUAAGUACGCACUUCUCUCAUUGCUCUCAGCCGUAAUACUCCCAACAUCCCACAACCCCCGCAUUUUACAUGCGGCCGCUGAGAGGAUCAACGAUUUAGAUCAGUUCCUUUCUUAUCCUUGGGGACGUGAAUCUUUCUAUAUGCUGAUGGACAGUAUCAAAGAGAGGAAUGAAAUAUCUCUAUCGCAGAAUACAAUUUCCUUCAAAGGGGUUUGUGAUGUCGAUUCAGCUUGUGCUAAUCGAAGCCGUACCUUCCCUCAAUGGGGUUGUUAGAGAUGGAGCUUCCUAUGGUUCCGAAGCAGAAUCCGAAGCAGACGAAGAAUCCGGUGUUGUUGAAAGGGAAGGGAAGAUUAGUAUUAACAUGGGACACAUUCGUUCCAUUGAUUCUGCUUGCAAGGUAAACGUGGUUUCUAUCAUAUCUGAUGGCGCUGACCUAUCGAAUUUCGAGUCGGACCUGGGGUCAGACGACAAGGAAGAUGUGCUUGUUGACAAUCUUGUGAAGGCAGCUCGAGAAGGAUUCUCUUUUUCCAACUUAAACUUCAAAGGUGGCGCGACUAAAGCUGAUGUUAGCCGUAUGCGUGAGGAAGCCAUCAAGGAGAACAACAACCGGAAAACCGCAAGUCAAUCGGAAAUUACCUGCGACCGAAGGUGUCGACGCUGAGUAUGUUGCCUCUGUUGUCAAAAACAGCUUAUCUGCAGAUCUAUCCAACAUGGGUGAUCAAAUAAAGGACCUUGCCUUGCUCUGUCUCUAUGCAACUCGCAAAACCUAUUUCAGAAGAAGAUGGAAGACCUUAUGAGAAUCUCACAGAAGGAAAUUUUGGACACCAUGACCAAGUACUGUACUCGUUCUCACGCUCGACCACCGGUUGAUCGUCCACCCGAUAACACCGGAGAAUCAAAUGUACCGGGAAGAGACUCGAACCCUUUUGUUGUGUCCGACAUAAUCCAGGAAGCUAUGCGAUUUGCGAACAAGG